UUUUUCUUUUUCUUUUACUUUUAUCAAAACAAAAUUAUUCUCCUCUAAACUCCCCCAAACCAAAUAAACCAAAACAAAAGAAAGUAAAAAAAAAAAUGAAAAAAAAAAGAAUUUAGGUUUUAGAGAGAAUUUAGGUUUUAGAGAGAGAGAGAGAGGAAAACUAAAAGGUCAAGGAAGUAACAACACAAAAUUUCAUUUUCAUUUUUUCAUUUUUCAAUUUCAAGUCACCAAAGGGGUCCAUCUAUUUUCCUCUCUAAAAAAAAACCUGGUAUGUCUUUCUCUCUUUUCUUUUAUUUUCUUUUUUUUUUUUUUACUUCCAAUGAAAAUUUUUCAGAUUUUGAAGAUUAGGGUCUGUCUCUGUUGAAAACUUGAUUUUUGACCCCUCUCUCUCUCUGCAAUUAAAUUCCAUAUUCUAGAGAGAGAGAGAAAGUGCCAGAUGUGAAUGAAACGUUUUGUUUUGGCCACACACAAAGGUGACAGAACAACCAAAAAACACAGAGCUUCAUUCAAAUUUAGCCCUAGCUUGUAUCAGAUCUUACCCUUUUGUAUUUUCCCGCCAAUUUACAAUUUUGAGCUAAGCCCAGAUUCUUAAUCGGUGCCAAUUUCACACCCAUAAACUCAUUUUCAUCGAUUAUUCGUAACAAAAAAAGUUUGAAAAAAAGGGUUAAUUGUAAUUUUCAAUUUUUUUUUCCAAACAAAUGGAUGAUUUUAAGCUUUGUUUUUUGUUUCUAGGGUUUGAAUUCGAAAACAUUGACAGGGUUGUAGCAAUUUUACGAUGUUGAGAUUCAGAUUAUUGUAGAUGUUAGUGGUGUUUGUUUGUUGUUGAAGUGUUGUUAUACGACAGAAUUUUGUGUCGUUUUGAGACUGAGACUUUCAUUUCUGUGUUUGGUUGUUAUUUUUUGUUUUCAAAUGAUUGAUGAUGGACAGAAGCCUGAUUUAUACAAGCUGUUGAGUGUGGUUGAGGGGAAAGGUGGGUUUGAAGCUGUUUGCAAUGGUGAGUUGUGGGAUUUAGUUGGGGAAGAAUGUGGGUUAGGUGUGAAUGUUGGUUCAUCUGUGAAACUUGUUUUUAGUAAGUAUAAGAGUGUUUUGGAGUCAUGUUUGAAGAAAUCUGGUGGUGGUAAGGUGUCUGAUGAGUGUGGUUUGAUGGGGUUUGAGGCUGAUGUGAAAGAGUUGUUGUCGGGUCAGGCUGAGAUUGCGGUGGCUGGAAAUGGGGUUAAGGCUGGAGUUGAUGGUGCUAAUGAGGUGAAGAGUGGGGAGAAAGAUGUUGGAAAGUUGGGUGAGGGUAAUGGUGAUGCAAUGCAGGGAGUGGAAGUGGCUGAUGGAGGGAAAAAGUCUAAUGAGACAACAGCUGAUGUAUGUGGUGCGGUGAAGAUUGGUGCGUCUGGAUUGUUGAAUGUAGGCAAGACUCGUGAUGGUGAUAAUGUAGGGGAUUCGUCUGGUGGUAAUGUAGGGGGUCUUAAGAGGAAGAAAGAGUCUUUGUGUGAUUUGAUGAAUUGGGUUACCCGUGCCGCGAAUAACCCUUGUGAUCCUGAAAUUGGUUUGUUGCCUGAAAAGUCGAAAUGGAAGUCUUACAGUAAUCAGGAGGCUUGGAAGCGGGUUUUGCUGUAUCGAGAGGCUGUGUUUCACAAGAAACAGUCAAGCAUUGAACAGCAGAAUUGGCAGAGUCAGAAGAUGCACCCUUCCAUGUAUGAUGAUCCCGCUCCGACGACCUACAAUCUUAGGGAGAGGGUGAAACGUGACAAGAAACAAUCAUUUGAAAAACAAAAACCAGGUUCUCAAAGCUCGUCAGGAAAUUCGGACAGAACCUCAAGUCCUCGUGCUGUUGAUUCCGCGACAUCAAAGCGCAUCCUUGUGGGGCCAAAUCAUCAAGCUGAAGUGCCAGAGUGGACUGGUCCAAUUCUGGAAAGUGAUCCUAAGUGGCUCGGGACCCAAAUAUGGCCAUUAGUAGCAGCUAAUCCUCGAUUUCUUAUUGAAAGGGAUCCUAUAGGAAAGGGACGACAAGAUUCAUGUGGCUGUGCAGUUCCAAGAUCUGUCGAAUGUGUCAGAUUCCACAUUGCUGAAAGAAAGGAUAAAAUUAAGCUGGAGUUAGGCAUGGCUUUUUACUACUGGGAUUUCGAUAAAGUCGGUGAAGAUGUUCGACGUUCGUGGACCUAUGAAGAUGAGAAGAAAUUCUGGGAAGUGAUACAGUCAAACCCUCCAUCAUCUGAAAGAUAUUUCUGGGAUUACAUUUUCCGAACAUUUCCUAACAAGAACAGGGAAGUUUUGGUCAGCUACUACUUUAAUGUCUAUCUCUUGCAUCGCAUAGCAUACCACAGCAGGCAUACACCUGAUGACUUCGAUAGCGAUGACGAUGAAUCACAAUCUGCAUUGAGGAAUGUUUUUGGACAUCAGACACAGAAUUCGUUAUUGAGCCCCAAGAAGCCAGCUAAGAAGGGAAAAUAGAAAUUUUUUUCUCUCAUUUUUUAGAAUAUACAUCAUAUAUUUUAAAGGUAAAAAGAUUGAAAUUUGAAAGGAUUGUUUGUUUUUUUGGUCAAUUGAGGAGAGAUGGUAUUUUGAACAACUUAGGUAUUGGAAUUUUUAGUCUAUAUGCUUCAGAUUUUGAGGUUUAGCUUUUGUCUGUCUAAGGUGAUAUAUAGUGGCCAUAGAUUGCACAUUUUCAUUUUCUCAUCACUUGGUUUUGACUGCAAAGGUUACUAGAAACAGAAGCUUUUUAGGAAUAUAGGGAGAUUCUAUUGUAGAGGGUCAUGAACAAAUACAUCACAUUGCAAUUCAAAUUGGACCUUUUCAUUUUAUGUGAGUUCAUUCAUUGUUUGA